GACUGUGUUUCAGCAAUGGAGCAGCAGGGUACAUAUCCGGUGCGUCUGAUAUGGGGGCCUCCCGGCACAGGGAAGACGAAGACGAUCAGCACCCUCCUGUUGUCCAUGAUGGUCAAGAACCACAGAACGCUGACCUGCGCUCCGACCAACACUGCGGUGGUGGAGGUGGCUUCUCGGAUCCUCAGCCUCAUCGAGGAAUCCUCCGCCGGCGGUGGAAAUGGCUGCUUUCUGAGUGAUGUUGUGCUGUUCGGAAACGAGGACCGGAUGAACGUCGACCAGGACCUCACGAAGAUCUUCCUGGAGAAGCGUGUUCGCCGUCUCCAGAAGUGCUUGAUGCCAAGUUCAGGGUGGACCAGUUGCCUGAGCUCCAUGGUACGGAUUCUCGAGGAACCUUUGGUUCAGUAUGCUUCCUACGUUGAGGAGACUAAAAGGCUGAUCGAGGAACUUGCCAAGAAGGAAAAGGAGGAACUUGCGAAGAAGAAGGCGAAGAACAAAGUGGUGGAGGUGAAGGAGGAUCUUACUAAGAAGGAAGCAGAUAAGAAGAGCAUAAAGAUACAGUCGUUCAAAGAAUAUUUCAUGAGUAGCUACAAACGAAUCGAGGAUGAUCUGCGCACCUGCAUCGAUACUUUCUGCGACGAUCUCCCAAGAUCCGCCACAUCUAGACAGAAUUUCCGUUGCAUGACGGAGGUUCUGCACCUGCUUACAGACUUUGGGAAACAAGUGCAGUCCGAACCAGAGAAGCAGCUGCAGACGCUGUUCAGAGAUACGUCGGACGGGAAGAACAGCUGCCUGUUUCAGAGUCUGGUGUCAUACGCGGAAGACAGCGUGCGCUCAGAGCUUAAGCAGGCGAGAGCCCAGUGCAUCGAGAAGCUGAAUUACCUGUCCAACAACUUCGACCUCCCGGACAUUUUCGACAAGCGGUCCAUCGAGGAGUUCUUGCUGCAGAAGAGCAAGAGCGUGCUCUGCACCGCGUCCAGCUCCGCCCGCCUGCACUACCUGCAGAAGGCGGAGCCGUUCGACAUCCUCGUCGUCGACGAGGCGGCGCAGCUCAAGGAGUGCGAGUCGAUGAUACCUCUGCAGAUUCCUGGGAUCCGGCUCGCUGUUCUCAUCGGCGAUGAAUACCAGCUGCCGGCGCUCGUGAAGAGCCAGGUGUGCUAUGAAGCCGACUUCGGGAGGAGCCUGUUCGAGAGGCUGAGUUCGCUGGGGCACCCCAAGCACCUUCUUAAUGUGCAGUACAGGAUGCACCCGGGGAUAAGCAAGUUCCCGGUCUCGAGCUUCUACGGCGGCCAGAUCGACGACGGUGAGAACGUCCUGCGCAGAGACUACGAGCGCAAGCACCUGACCGGCCCGAUGUACGGGUCCUACUCCUUCAUCAACAUCGAAGGUGGAAAGGAGAGCUCCGGCAAGCACGACAAGAGCCUCAUCAACACCAUCGAGGUCGCCGCCGUGACCCGGAUCGUGCAGAGGCUCUUCCGAGAGUCGGUGGAGACGAGGAGGAAGCUGAGCGUGGGCGUGGUGUCGCCGUACAAGGGCCAGGUCCGCGCCAUCCAGGAGAAGCUGGGCAAGACGUACGAGACGCACGGCGGGUUCUCGGUGAAGGUCCGGUCGGUGGACGGGUUCCAGGGCGCCGAGGAGGACAUCAUCAUCUUCUCCACCGUGCGGAGCAACAGCACCGGCUCCGUCGGCUUCCUCAACAACGUGAACCGCACCAACGUGGCGCUCACACGGGCCAAGCACUGUCUGUGGAUCGUGGGGAACGCGACCACGUUGGUGAGCAGCAAGACGGUGUGGCAGAAGAUAGUGGCGGACGCCAAGGAGAGGGGCUGCUUCUUCAACGCCAACGACGACACGGACCUAUCGGGCGCGAUCGUCAAGGCCGUCAUCGAGCUCGAUGAAGUGGAGAGCGCGCUGAGCAUGGAGAUGGGCAACCUCCGCAUCGGCGGGUCACGAAAUCCAAGACAAAGUACGUAUGAAGUUCUGGUCGUCGGCGAGCAGAAGGAAUUACCAGCCAUGUGCUCUGCAAGACGGGCGGAUGACGAGCAUCCACGCAAAUAUCCUAACUGUCGCGUCAAAGCCCACUGGCGCAUCUUAAGCGCCGGGUUUCAGUGA